AUGGAUGAGUCUGUACUUUCAAAGUGCCAGUCUAAGAAGCUGGCUAAGCGUGAAAAGAAAAUGGCUAAAUUUGAAGCCAAACAGGAAAAACUUUCUUUAGACGCCUCAAAGAAUCAGAAGUCGUCAAAAAAAGACAAAUUGAAGAAAGAGCAAGUUGUUCUGAAUGCAGUGACAGACGCAUCUGGCAAGAAAGAUAUGACUGGUGAAAUGCCCGAAUCUUACUCCCCCAAAUAUGUUGAGGCCACGUGGUACGAAUGGUGGGAGCGUAAUGGACUUUUCAAACCAGAAUUUCAGAUUGAAAGCCCAGACAAAUUCGUUAUGGUUAUACCUCCCCCAAACGUCACUGGAGUCUUGCAUUUGGGCCACGCUUUGACAAACAGUAUUGAAGAUGCCAUUACACGAUGGCACAGAAUGAAUGGAAAAGUUACACUGUGGGUUCCUGGAUGUGACCACGCUGGUAUUGCCACUCAGGUAGUGGUAGAAAAAAAGUUGUGGAGAGAGAAAAAUCUCACUCGACAUGAUAUUGGACGUGAUGAAUUUGUGAAAGAAGUUUGGAAAUGGAAAGAAGAAAAGGGUGAUCGCAUUUAUCAACAACUUAGAGCUUUGGGAAGUUCUUGUGAUUGGUCUCGAGCUAGAUUCACUAUGGAUCCAUCCAUGUGUAAAGCUGUUACAGAGGCUUUUAUUCGUUUGUACGAUGAUGGUUUAAUUUAUCGAAGCCUUCGAUUAGUCAAUUGGUCUUGUACUUUACGUUCAGCCAUAUCAGAUAUCGAAGUAGAUAAACAAGAACUUUCUGGACGUACUUUACUUCGUGUUCCUGGCUAUAAUAAACCUGUAGCAUUCGGAGUUAUCGUAUCGUUUGCCUACCCUCUUCUACCUGAUCCUAGUAAAGUUGGAUCAGACACUGAAAUUGUUGUCGCAACCACACGACUUGAAACAAUGCUAGGUGAUACAGGCGUUGCUGUACAUCCUGACGAUGAUCGUUAUCGACAUUUAAUUGGUCGUCUAAUCAUGCAUCCACUUAUUCCGGAUAGAUUAAUUCCCAUUGUUGGUGAUACAUUUGUUGAUCCGAACUUUGGAACUGGUGCUGUAAAAAUAACACCUGCUCAUGAUUAUAAUGAUUGGGAAAUCGGGAAAAGGCAUUCACUUCCGACUAUAGUAGUAAUUGGUGAAGAUGGUUUGAUGACAUCUGCUUCAGGUCCCAGAUUUGCAGGACUUCAAAGAUUCGUUGCUCGAGAUGCCGUUCGGAAAGCUCUCGAUGAAUUAGGCUUGUAUAGAGGUGAAAAAGAUAAUCCUAUGGUUGUGCCGAUAUGUUCUCGAAGCAAAGAUAUUGUUGAACCAUUGUUGAAACCGCAAUGGUACCUACGUUGUCAGGAUAUGGCUAAUGCGGCAAUGAAGGAGGUAUCUGAAGGUCGCUUACGUAUUAUUCCCAGUUUCCAUAUCCGUACAUGGAAUAAUUGGCUUAAAGAUUGUCAUGAUUGGUGUAUUUCUCGACAAUUAUGGUGGGGACAUCGUAUUCCUGCUUAUCAUGUUUCGAUUCGACGUCCUGGCGUAGAUAAUUUAGAAGUUUUAGAUCCUACAGAUCAUAAUUCAUGGGUAGUUGGUCAUACAAUUGAAGAAGCACUUCAAAAAGCCUGUGAUAAAUUCCAUUGUUCACCAGAUAACUUAACUUUAAACCAAGAUAAUGAUGUAUUAGAUACAUGGUUCUCUUCACAAUUAUUUCCAUUCUCUGUAUUUGGUUGGCCUGAACAAACACCAGAUUUAAAAGCUUAUUAUCCUGGUAGUUUAUUAGAAACUGGGCAUGAUAUUAUAUUUUUCUGGGUUGCACGUAUGGUUAUGAUUGGUUUGAAAUUAAUGGGACAAUUACCAUUUCAUACUGUCUAUUUACAUGCUAUGGUUCGUGAUGCUCAUGGCAAAAAAAUGAGUAAAUCUUUGGGUAAUGCAAUCGAUCCAGUAGAUGUCAUCAAUGGAAUAUCUUUAGAAGAUUUACAAAAACAAUUAGAACAAGGUAAUCUUGAUCCGAACGAAUUAACACGUGCUCGUCAAGCUCAAGCAAAAGAUUUUCCUAAAGGUAUUCCUGAAUGUGGAACUGACGCUCUACGAUUUGCUUUAUGCGCUUAUACAGCUCAAGGACGAAAUAUCAAUUUGGAUAUAAUGCGUGUACAAGGCUAUCGAUUUUUCUGUAAUAAACUAUGGAAUGCUGUUCGUUAUGCGCUAUUUCAUUGUUUACAUAAAGAAUUUGUUCCACCAGAUAUGUCUGAUUUAAAUAGUCUAUUCAAACAAUUCAUACAACAUAGUUUAUUAUCUGGUACAGAUAAAUGGAUUCUAUCAAGAUUAGCUUAUGCUGUCAUUCAAUGUAAUACAGGAUUUACAGAAUUUCAAUUUCCUAUAGCUACUACUGCUUGUUAUCAUUUUUGGUUAUAUGAAUUAUGUGAUGUUUAUUUGGAAUAUACCAAACCUAUUAUUAGAUUAAAACAGAAUAAUUCAAAAUUGUCUAAUAUGGAAAUGGAACGUAUUCAAUUAGUUUGUCAAAUCCUUUAUGUUUGUUUCAAUUGUGGUCUACGUUUAUUACAUCCAUUUAUGCCAUUUAUUACAGAAGAAUUAUAUCAACGUUUAUUAACUAGAAAUAGUCCUAAUAAUAAUAAUACUGUAAAUAGUAUGGAUAGUCUAUGCGUGAAAUCCUAUCCUAAACUCAGUGAUGUAAAUAUAUUACAUGAUGUAAAUGGAGUUGAAACAGAUUUCCAUCUUGUACUGAAUAUUAUUCAUCGUAUACGUGGACUUAUUUCAGCUUGUCAUAUACCAAUUUCACUUGCAAAUCGUCAACCUUUAAAUGUUCAAUUAAUUGCAUCUGAAACUAUAUUAUCUACUCUUAUUAAUGGACAAUAUGUAACUGAUGUAAUUGAACCAUUAGGUCGAUGUCGUGUUAUACAAAUGGUUUCUGAUCGUAAAAAUGUUAACACUUCUGGUUGUGUUAGUGGAACAGUUUCAGCAAGUGAUAUUUUAUGGUCCAACGAAGAGUCACCUGUUAAUACAGUUCCCGAAGACAAUGAUGAUGAUGAUGCUAAUAACGUAAAUGGUGGAAAUCUAUGUUCCGAUGUUCAAUCAAAUUCUGUGUUUGUUAACAAAAAUACAUCAUCAAUAAUUCCAGCAACUUGUCAAAUAUUUCUACAUGUCGCUGGAUUAAUUGAUGUAUCAUUAGGACAGAAACGAUGUCAAGAUCGUUUAGUGGAAUUGAAAGAUUCCAUUGAAAGUUUAGAGAAAAAACGUCAGCAUCCAACGUAUUCUGAGAAAGUACCAAUGAAAACUCAAUUGAUGGAUACGAAAAAAUUAUAUGAAUUAAAUAUAGAAUUAGAAGGAUUAAAUGAAGUUAUGAACAAUUUGAAAGAUAUUAAACAAAUCGAUCCAAAUGAUUCUUCAAUGACACUUGGUGAAAUCCUUUUAGACGCUUUAUGUCAUUAUCUUAAUGUACAAGAAAAUUCAUCAAUAAUACCAUCGAAUCUAUUUGAUCUUGAAGCAAAAAUUGACAGUAUUCUAACCAAUGAAUUAAAAGGAGGCGACCAGCUGUUACAAUAUUGUAAAAUUAAACAAUGGUUGUCAUGGAGUAUAAAACUAUUAUCAUUCAAUCAUGAAAUUGAUUCAAAACAAUAUUCAAUUUAUAGAGAAAUGGUUGAAAAUUAUUUAACUUAUUAUAAAUCAUACUAUUUAACUGGUACAAAUUAUCCAACAAUUGCUGAUAUCUCUGUUGCAUAUACAUUAACACAAUAUAUAGAUUAUAAUGAAUGGAUUAAUUUAAAUAAUAAACAAUAUGUUGUUAUAUGGUUUGACAAGUUGAGAAAUUAUUUCAAUCAAUCAAAUAAAAUGAGAUCACUUUUCAAAUGA